AUGGCGCAUUGUUUGUUAAAAUUGUGGCUGCUGCUGUUGGCCGCAACUAGUCUGCAGGCUCGACUCAUUAGGCCUCCGGAUGUGGAUGUCGAUUUGGCUAGCUCCCAGCUGGAAACCAAAGGCUUUGCUGGCAUUGAAACGCAUGCGGAUGACAACAGCGAAAGGAACUAUCGCCUGCCCAACAACACAAUACCCAUCACCUAUGAUGUGGAGCUUUGGACUUGGGUAGACACUGGCAAUCGCACCUUUAAUGGCAGCGUUAAGAUUGAGUUGAAUGUGCUCGAGGCCACCGAUACGAUCACUUUGCAUGCGCGUCAAAUUGGCAACUUUAGUGCAACAAUCGAGCGCAAAGAUAAUCGUCCAAGUGAUGUGUUGCCAGCUAAAGUAACUCCAGGAACACGUGAAUUUCUGCACAUUACAUCGGAGGGCGUGACAUUCCCACAGCACUCCAGAUGGCUGCUGAGCAUUAACUAUACUGGAGAGCUACGCACAGACAACGGUGGCUUCUAUUUAUCUCAAUAUACGGAUGAUGCAGGACAAGUGCACUAUCUGGCCACUACGCAGUUUGAGAGCACCAAUGCCCGUCAUGCGUUUCCCUGCUAUGAUGAGCCCAACAAACGAGCUUUCUUCACCAUAACUAUACAUCAUACUCCCGCCUACACAGUCAUAAGCAAUAUGCCAGUGGCAACGGUUGGAACUAGUGCUGGCAUUACACGCUUUGAAGAGACGCCCAAAAUGUCCAGCUAUUUGAUUGCAUUCAUUGUAUCCGACUUUGAGUAUACAACAGGCGAAUUGAAUGGAGUACGGCAACGCGUGUUUUCGCGCAAGGGCAAGCAGGAGCAGCAGGAGUGGACUUUGUUGGCAGGUCUGGUGGUGGAAUCCAGCCUGGCCAAAUACUUUGGUGUGAAAUAUGCCUUGCCUAAGCUAGAUCAGGCUGGCAUUCCAGACUUCUCUGCAGGCGCCAUGGAAAACUGGGGCCUGGCCACCUAUCGCGAGCAGUACAUGUGGUGGACCAAGGAGCAGUCCACCAUCAGUCUGAAGACAAACAUUGCUAAUAUUAUUGGACACGAGUAUGCGCACAUGUGGUUCGGCAAUUUGGUUUCGCUCAAGUGGUGGACAUAUCUGUGGCUUAAAGAAGGCUUUGCAACGCUUUUCUCCUACGAAUCGGAUGACAUAGCGUUUCCCGAAUGGAAUGUCUAUCAGAUCUACCAUGUAAGCGACUACAACAGCGCUUUGAUCAACGAUGCCAGAGCUCAAGCUGUGCCCAUGACGCACUAUGUGCAGACUCCAAGUGAAAUCUCCGGACGCUAUAAUACAUACUCAUAUGCCAAGCCAUCGUGUGUGCUGUACAUGUUUAAGAACGCUUGGACUGAUGCAGUCUUUCGUCUGGGCCUCAAUAAAUAUCUAAACGAAUUUAAAUACAACUCCACGGAUGAGUAUGACUUGUUUGGCUCGCUGGAGCAGGCAGUGGAUGAACUCAAAUGGCAGCUGCCGGCCACAGUGAAGGACAUAUUCUCCAGCUGGUCGCAUCAGGCUGGUUAUCCACUGCUAACAGUCGAACGUGACUAUGAGGCGGGCACAUUUAGCAUCAAGCAGCAGCGCUUCGUCGACAAUAAAACGCUCACCAACCACAACACUUGGUAUGUGCCCAUCAACUAUGCGACUGCCUCGGAGCCAGACUAUCGUGAUACCAGCGCCACGCACUAUCUGCUCAAUGUAAAGGAAUAUACAGUGUCAAAUGCAAAGAUUUCGAAAGACGAUUGGCUGCUGCUGAACAAACAAUCCACUGGCUACUAUCGCAUCUUAUACGAUGAGCAGAACUACCGGCUGAUCGCGCGCGGGCUGCGUGAGCAGACAUAUAAUAUACAUCCGAGGAAUCGUGCACAGCUGCUGCAUGAUGCGUAUCGCUUUGUGGACACGGCGCGCAUUAGCCAGAGCACACUAUUCGAGCUGCUGGCCUACUUGAAGCAUGAGGAUCAGUAUGCAGCCUGGUCCACUGCCAAUAGCAUUUUCAACAUCUACGAUCAGUAUCUGCGCGGUGAUGAAAAAUACGCAGAGUUCCGUGAAUUUGUCAUCGAACUCAUUGAGCAUAUAUUCCUAAAGAUUGGCGUCAACGAAUUCUCGGGCGAGCACUAUUUGAAUAAAUAUUUACGCACUGUGCUCUUGAGUCUAGCCUGCCAGGUGGGCAGCGAGCAGUGCCACAAGCAAGCACAUCGCAAGCUACAAGAGUUCCUCGAGCAUGGCAUUGCCAUUGAGCCUACAGUACGCACCCAAACCUACUGCGCUGGACUUCGUAAGCCUGAAGACAAAACUUAUGAUGCAGUGUUGGAGCAGCUAUUCAAAUCCACUACAGCCAGCGAUCGCUCUAUGUACAUCUCUUCGUUGGGCUGUUCGCAGACAGCCACGCAGCUUAAGAAAUUUGUUGAAGCGUCCAUUGAUAAGACGAACAGUCUAAGCUAUGCAGAGCGCACUUCACUACUUAAUGCUGCCUACUCCAGAAGCGAGCAAGGACUCACCACCAGCUUGGAGUUCCUAGAGGUCAAUGGGCCUGCCUACGCAGAGCUUAGCACUGGCACAGCGAAGCCAUUGGAUGCAGCGCUUAAAGGCAUGGCCAACUAUGUAGUUAGCCAAAAGCAAAAGACACGGCUGGAUGCGCUUGUAGCAAUGGUGAAGGAAAGCGCAGAUGUCAAGGAUGAUCUCAGCGACGUAGUUGCCGCCAAUAUGCAAAGCAAUUUCAAUUGGCUUGAUGUACAUCGCGAGCCUGUCGUCAAUUGGUUGGUCGCCUAUCGCGGCAAUGGCAGCGUCGCCCUCUCCGCCUCACUCUUCACCAUGUUGUCAGCGCUCUGCGUUUUGCUGCUCAACAAACUUAACUAAUGAGCUAUUAGCUAUUUAUCUAUUGUACUUUAGUAAAGCUCGCAUUUCCAGCGAAAUUAA